AUGCGCCGGAUUCUUCCGUUUUUGGCAUUUGUUGUGUCGAUAGCAGCAAGAAAAGACUCUGAUAUUUCGUCCCUGACAACCUCCACGUCCACUACAGUGUCCACCCUCCCUUCUGUGGACUUGCAGUCGUUUCUGAGAGAAACUGACGAAGACAAAUCCAUUGCAAAACUCAUUUUUACCAUUCCAUACAAUGACGUUUAUUAUAAUACCAACGUAACCGUUGGCGACGACAACUUACAACUUCGAUUAGACUUGACCCAGCCGGAAAUAUGGGUGAUGAACGAGAAUUUUUAUUCUUGUGACCAAGUAUUUUCGUAUUAUCAGGUAGAAUUCGAAUCUUACGGCUCCAACAUUCCUGACCUGGCCACUGAAAACCCUUUAUAUACAGCCACAGCGUGCGCACAAGGAGGAGUCUACACCACCCCGUCGCUGGAUAUUCCCACGCCAACCAUCCCCGGGUUGUCCAAUGGCCAAACUUACACCAUUCCAAACUUGAGCAUCAUCGACGCUGAAGGAGAAUUCGAAACCGAAAACAUUUCAUUUGUUUUAGGAAGCAACCAGAAGUUGACUCUUCCUGACUUCUCCUUCGUCAACGUAGAUUCCACAAAUAUGUGGGUAGGGGGGUUGGGGUUGGCCGGGAAUCCCACAGGUUCUGGAUUUCUCGACUCGCUCGUUCAACAAGGCAUUAUCAAAUCCUCGGCUUACUCGCUUUGGUUUAAUGGAGUGCAGGAACCUGGUGGACUCUGUGAGCUCCUUUUAGGUGCUGUGGACCAACACUAUUAUGAAGGGGACUUUUACUCGUUCGAUAUAAUACCCUAUGCUGGAGGUAAGAGCAACGACUAUACAGACCAGCUUUUGCAGGGCCUCAAACUCCCCACGAUUCUCCUCUCGGAUUUGAGAGUAAGAAAUGAGAACAGCAAGGAGGAAAUCUCGCUUUUCUCGGCGCUGGAUAGUGUUCCGGUGCUAAUGGAGUCUCGAACUUUGUACAAUUAUCUUCCUUUGGACUCUAUUAUUAACUUGGCAAUUCAGCUCGAUGCCAUCUACAACAAUGACGUGGCCGAGUGGAUCGUUGAAUGUGAUAAGAUCUACGAAGCCAACGCUCUGUUGUUGUUCUCGUUUGGCGAUUUGGAAAUAGACAUUCCUAUGGAAGAAAUGAUUUCAAAUGCAACUUAUCAAGAUACAUUUUUGACUUUUUCCAAUGGGAAACGAGCUUGCUACUUGAUGGUGUUGCCCAGUUCAGAGCAUGGCUAUUCCAGUCUUGGAAUCACAUUUUUACGCCAUGUUUAUAUGGCCCUCGAUAACGACGGAGGCCGUAUAGCCAUUGCCAAAGCUAAUAGCCUCGAUGUCGUGCAAGACGACUACUCCACAUCCAAGUCUGUCAGCGACUUUCCCACCAAGACCAUGGCUAACAUCACCGCAUCGACUAUUUCCCGCAUUUCAAGUGGAAAAAUUCCAUUUGCUACUCACCAAAACCAGUCAUCUACCUCGUUAACUUAUAGUGCUGCCAACACCGGCGCCCAGGAUAUUCCCGAGCGAUUUACAGGCGCUGUCAUUCUGUCGGGACAAAUCUUCUUGACCCCACUCACAGGAAGCAGUGCUAUAGCCAGUGCUGCUGACGAACUGACGGCGAAAAUGAAGAGUGGUGGCAGUUCGAAGUACACUUUUGUUACGAUUCGGAGCAUGAAGACAGAAAUCCAAAUAAUAAUGACAAUCAUAGGGGUUGUGAUUAUGACGCUUAUACUCAUAUAG